AUGGAUGAGCUACGACUUCGCAUCAUCCACAGCAAAAUACUUAUGGACUGUAAUGUCAUGAUCUUCACGGAAACUUGGCUAAACAACAGAGUACCGGACGAUGCUAUCAAGCUAGCCGGUCGGCACACACUCCGGGCAGACAGGACAGCAGCUGACUCCGGUAAGACCAGGGGAGGAGGGCUGUGCAUUUAUAUCAAUAAAGCUUGGUGCACAGACUCUGUCAUUGUAGGGAGACACUGCUCAGCUAACCUUGAGUUUCUCAUGGUUAAAUGUAGACCUUUCUAUCAGCCAAGGGAGCUUAGCUCCACUAUUGUAACUGCAGUCUACAUCCCCCCGGAUGCCGAUGCAAAAGCUGCUAUGAACGAACUUUACACAGCUAUCAGCAAACAACAGACUGCUCACCCGGAGGCAGCAUUUAUAGUUGCAGGUGAUUUUAAUCACUCAAACCUAAAGACAGUGCUCCCUAAAUUUCACCAGCAUGUUUCCUGCAAUACAAGAGGAAACAAAACUUUAGAUCAUGUUUACACAAACAUCGCAGGAGCCUACACCACGACCCCCCUCCCCCACCUGGGACAGUCAGACCACCUUUCUUUGUUCCUCAUCCCCAAGUACUCCCCACUCAUCCAACGUGUGAAGCCAUCAGUGACAACCAUUAAAGUGUGGCCAGCGGGGACAGACUCUUUACUUCAGGACAAGUUCCAUCAUACAGACUGGAGUAUGUUUGCUUCUCAGGCUACCUGUGGCUCUCACAGAUAUUGGCACCUACACCUCUUCUGUGCUGGACUAUAUCAACACCACCGUCGGCAGUGUUACAACAUGGAAACAGAUCACCACGUACCCAAAUCAGAAACCGUGGAUGAACAAGGAGGUGCGGCUCCUGCUGAAGGGGCAAACCUGAGGAGGGGCAUCAUCAAGGCCAAGCACUGCUACAAGCUUAAGGUAGAGGAACACUUCUCCAACUCCGACCCCAGACGCAUGUGGCAGGGCAUCCAGGCCAUCAGUGAUUAUAAACCCAGCAACUCCACCCCGAUAACCACAGAUGUCUCCUUCCUGAAUGAGCUAAAUCACUUCUAUGCUCGUUUCGAUAGAGACAACAGGGAGACGCAGACCACGACCAGACCCCCUUCAGACGACCAGCCCCUCUCACUCACCUCCUCAGACGUUCAUGCUGCACUGAGCCAGAUCAACGUUUGA